GAUUCUUCACGAAUCGGGCAGCACUAUCACUCAAGACUGCAUUGGGCUACAUCUAUCUCUCUCUUAAGCUAGUACGCCGGUAGUGUUAUUUUCUUACAAUGCCGUUCUCUGAAUUAUAUUUUAAUGUGGAUAAUGGUUAUCUGGAGGGGCUGGUGAGAGGUUUUAAGGCUGGUAUUUUAUCUCAGGCGGAUUAUUUAAAUCUCGUUCAGUGUGAAACUCUGGAAGACCUGAAGCUUCACUUGCAGAGCACUGACUAUGGAAGCUUCCUGGCCAAUGAAGCCUCUCCCCUCACUGUCUCCGUCAUUGAUGACAAGCUCAAAGAGAAGAUGGUGGUUGAGUUCCGCCAUAUGAGGAACCAGUCUUAUGAGCCUCUGGCCAGCUUCAUGGAUUUCAUCACAUACAGCUAUAUGAUUGACAACGUCAUCCUGUUGAUCACUGGAACUCUCCAUCAGCGGGCCAUUUCAGAGCUGGUGCCCAAGUGCCAUCCGCUUGGCAGCUUUGAACAGAUGGAGGCUGUUAACAUCGCCCAAACUCCAGCAGAGCUCUAUAAUGCCAUCCUGGUGGAUACACCACUUGCUGCUUUCUUUCAGGACUGCAUAUCUGAGCAGGAUUUGGAUGAGAUGAACAUUGAAAUAAUUCGCAACACUCUUUACAAGGCUUAUCUAGAAGCUUUCUACAAGUUCUGCACUUCACUGGGUGGCACAACCGCAGAUACCAUGUGCCCAAUUCUGGAGUUUGAGGCAGACCGAAGAGCUUUCAUCAUUACCAUUAACUCCUUUGGUACGGAGCUCUCCAAAGAAGACCGAGCUAAACUCUUCCCUCACUGUGGAAAACUCUACCCAGAGGGCCUUGCACAGCUAGCCCGUGCAGAUGAUUAUGAGCAGGUCAAAGCUGUGGCUGAAUACUACCCUGAAUACAAGCUUCUCUUUGAGGGUGCUGGCAGCAACCCAGGAGACAAAACCCUCGAGGAUCGCUUUUUUGAACAUGAGGUGAAACUCAAUAAGCUGGCCUUCCUGAAUCAGUUCCAUUUCAGUGUGUUCUAUGCCUACGUUAAGUUGAAGGAGCAAGAGUGCAGGAACAUUGUGUGGAUUGCUGAGUGUAUUGCUCAAAGACAUCGGGCUAAGAUUGACAACUACAUCCCCAUAUUCUAAUGACAAAACAAUGCCAUUGCAUUCCCCCUCCACCAUUGGGAUUUUUUUUAAAGAAAAGUUUUAGAAAAGUAAAAAAUGUUGUUGUUUUUUUUUUCUUCACGAUGUCAUGACUGUCACCUGGCAGCCAGCCACAGCCCAUUGCAACUGAAGGAUGCAGGGAAUUACAGGAAAACAGAAGAGAGUUUAAGUGAAAUGCAAAACUCAAGACAUGAAAUUGUGUCAUACUCUUUCUGUGGUAGGCUAAGAAAACAUACAUUCCAUUAUUAUUUAUGCUUUGCAUACAAUUAAUGUACAUUUUCAGAUUAAAAACUCCCUGAACUCAUGAUCUCCCAGUAUCCGCAUCUGAUGAGUGUUAGAGAGUCACUGGUAAUUUAGAGUGCGAGCGUUAUUGUGAAACACAAGCAGAAUGAAUUUCUGUGUAAAUCAUAUUGCGUAAAUUGUUGUAUUCAAUUGAACUGCGCGGUUACGUAAGAUUGGAUUUAUGAUUGAUUUACUCAGAGUAAUUGUUUUGCUUGUGUUUCUCAAAUAAGGAACAUUGGGAUUAUCCUUAAAAAAAGAGAAUUGCUGGGAAUUAACAUGGGAAAAAAUGUUCUUUUGUGUGUAUAGAUUCUUCACUGUGUCUGUUUGUUAAAAUGAGAAUUGUGUGCUUGCCACUUGUAAAUUAGUGCUAAAAUUUGUGCUGACAUAAUUUAUGGAGUAGAUCAUAUUUUAUGAUUGACAGCCGAAUCAGUGAGGUCAAAUGAAUCUAAUAUUAAGAAAGACCUUGUUCUCGGCUAAAUCUAUUGUACUAUUGUAUCCAUAUUGUUUGUGUUUUAAGUGAUCUAAAUGAAAUCUAUAAAUAUAUACAUAUAAAGUA